UAGAAAUAAUUCUGAAAUAAUUCCUUUGUAAUAUUUAAAAUAAUUUAUAUUUUAUCACAUGAAGCACAUUGUUACCUGAGCAAAAGUUUUUAGUGUUUAACGAUCAUUCCACUGAAUAAAUACUACGUUUUUUUCUUUAAAUUAUUGUUAGUUUACUUCUCCGUUUCACAAAUAAAUUAACAAAAGUCAUUAAUUAAAUGAAUACAGGACAUUUCAGUUAGAGUAAGUUUUGAUGCUCUCUGUGUAUUUUUCAAACGCGUUCCGGAUGUUUGGCCUCCGCCGCGCGCCGUAGUUUUGGUUUCGCUUUCACCCGCCGUCACCAUAGCAACGACUGACAACAUCCCAUCCGGCAGCGCGCUGGAGUCAUAAACUUCACCAGCUGAUGUGAUCAAUCACAUGUGAUUAUUAUUACAGUAUUAUUCAUGCGUCUGCGCCGUUCUGGAUGAGAGACAUGAGUGAGCUCCAUCUGAGCCUCGACUGUGAAGAAGAAGAUGAAAAAUCAUCAUCAGCAGACAUGCUUUACCUGAGCAGAAGAGCCCUGAAGAACAUCCCAGCAUCCGUGUUAAACAUGACACAUCUAAAGAGUCUGUAUCUGGAGGGGAAUGAGAUCCGCAGCCUUCCGGAGCGUUUCUUCAGCAGUUUGUCGUCUCUGGUCUGGCUGGAUGUGAGGAACAAUCGACUCACAGGUUUACCAGCCGCCAUCGGACAACACCGGUGCUUGAAGACGUUGCUGUUGGAGGGCAACCCGAUCUCAGCGCUUCCUCCAGAGCUGGGUCACGUGAUCUCGCUGAAGGCCUUGAGUCUGAGGAAGUGUCCGCUCACGUCUCCUCCUCGAGACGUCUUGGACCGUGGCCUGCCUUCCAUUCUCCGUUACCUGCGCUCCUCACAACUGGGUGAAGGUGAAAGAAACCUGAGAGCGAGGUGUAGAUGUGUGUGUGUGUGUGUGUGUGUGUGUGUGUGCCAUCUGUGGCUUUGCAUAAAAAGGAUGGCCUGCCUCAAAAAUAGCUCCUUGCCCUGGUUCUGCUCGACUGGUGUGAGAUCUGUUCCCUUGGAGACGCUCGUGAAGCUCAGCUGGAUUCUGGCGCUGCUGCGAAAACGAUCAAUAACCCCAGACGCAAUAAUCUCACACUCAUUAGACUGACGAGCGAUAAAGUCAGCUCUCGUCUGAUUACACACUGCAUUACUGAGGAAUGAUGCUGAGAUCUUAAUGAGGUUUAAAAUGAAAAUCAAAUAAUCAGCAGGAGUGCGGUUCGAUUGGAGAGACUCUCAAUAUGUGGCCGAAAAACCACAACUCUAACCUCAUUAAAUCCUAAAUCAGGGUACCGACUGAACCAGAGCUAUUUUAGUGUUAUUUGAUUUUAUUAGUGCUGUCAAAUGAUUA